AUGUUAAUCGCGUAUUUGAUUUUUGCGUUCUGUGCUUUCUUCUUCCUGGUGGCUUUGACAUUCUACUUUUCGCCGGGUUCCCCGGAUGAUUCAGUUGGAAUCCCUGGGCCGGAUCCGAGUGACGCCGCAGAUGGGAAUUUGGGCGACAUUGCUCAGGCUGGAAGCUUGCCUGCGUACCUGGAAGGUCUACACGACGAAUACGGGCCGAUAGUUUCAUUUUGGUGGGGCAAACAAAAUGUAGUUAGCUUCUGUGCACCCUUGGUGUCAGCAGAUCAUCCGCUGCUCUUCGAUCGCCCAGUGGCGCUCUUCGAAUUCCUGGAGCCUUUACUUUCGGAGGAUAGCUUGUUCUUCCUGAAUGGACCGGAAGGCAAGCAACAACGCGAAAAGUAUGAUGUGGGCAUGACGAUUGAUGCCGCCUUGGAGCAGUUCAAUCUUCCUUUAAUGGUUGCCAAUCAAAUGAUCAAAAAAUGGGCGAAAGAAUACUCCGGACCUGGCGAUCAUUUUCCUAUUCAUGGAUCCAUGCUUGCGUUUGCGAUUCGAGCGGUUUCUUCCUGUCUUUUCGGAGACAUGAGCGAAGAUCAGUGCAAAAAAUUCGGCGCAGAAUUUAAUCUCGCUUAUGAUGGGUUGAUGUUGCUUUGGCUUGGUCGUUCGUACCCUGAAGACGACCCCCGUCAAGCACGUUUCAAACAGAGUCUGAAAAGGCUCAAAGCGAUCGUGGGUGAUAUUGUUAGAAACAGAUUGCAGAAACGUGACGCCGCGUUGCAGGCUGGUGGAGAUGCUGUCUUGUCACCAGUAUUUUUGGAUAGAAUUGUCGAUUGUGUGAAGAGAUCGGAGCCCUCCGAGGAUUUGACGGAGGCCGAAGAUGCAGUGAUUCAGGCUGACGCAAUGACAUACUUCGUCAAAGGCUUCUAUCCAAUAGCAAGUUUGCUAACGUGGGCUUUGUACAAUCUGGCAAAAGACAAAGAUGUUCAGCACAAAUUGCGGGAGGAAUUCGACCAGAAUCUAUCGUCUGACCCGAACAGCGGGUCAAUCACGGAGAAGAAUUAUUCCAAAAUGAAAUAUUGUCGAGCAGUUAUAGACGAAACUUUGCGAUGGGGUAAAAUUGUUCCAAUCGCUGCCCGCUGUAGCGAAAAGGACCAUAAGCUCGGAGAUCAUGUUAUUCCUGCGUACACUCCGGUGAUUCAUGCUAUUGGAGCCAGUAUGGAUGAUCCGGAAUCGUAUGAUGACCCCGGAAGGUUUGAUCCGGAAAGAUUCUUCAGCGAUUCAGCCAGGGCCGAACAUAACGCCAAUGCUUUCGCUCCGUUUGGAUUUUCUGGAGUGCGGAAGUGUCCUGGUUUCAGGUUUGCGUACGUUCAUGCCAUGGCCCUGCUGUCUGCUUUCAUUCAGCAAUUCAAACUGAAGUUGGUGGACGAUGCAUUGGAAGCUGUUCCGCAGAUGGAUUUCGUAACAAAGCCACGCGAUGAGAUCCACGUGAACUUCACAGUCGACGAAAUCCGUGUCAUGAUGGACAGGAAGAAGAACAUCCGAAACAUGUCCGUCAUUGCUCACGUGGACCACGGAAAGUCCACUCUAACUGAUUCUUUAGUCUCGAAAGCUGGUAUCAUUGCCGCAUCAAAAGCUGGUGAGGCAAGGUUUACUGACACAAGGAAGGAUGAACAAGAGCGCUGUAUUACCAUCAAAUCAACCGCCAUCUCGAUGUACUUCGAAUUGGGCCAGAAAGAUCUAGUGCACAUUACUGCUCCUGAUCAGCGAGACAAGGAAACGACGGGAUUUCUCAUCAACUUAAUCGAUUCCCCUGGACACGUGGACUUUUCUUCUGAAGUUACCGCGGCGCUUCGCGUCACUGAUGGGGCGCUUGUAGUCGUCGAUUGCGUUUCGGGCGUUUGUGUGCAGACGGAGACCGUGCUUCGGCAAGCUAUUGGGGAGCGCAUCAAGCCCGUCCUGUUUAUGAAUAAGAUGGAUCGUGCGUUGCUAGAAUUGCAGCUAGACCAAGAGGAGCUCUACCAAACAUUCCAGCGUAUUGUUGAAAACGUGAACGUGAUUAUCGCGACUUACGGCGAUGAUUCCGGCCCCAUGGGGGUGAUAUCAGUUGAUCCGAGUAAAGGAAGCGUGGGUUUCGGGAGCGGUUUGCACGGUUGGGCUUUCACUUUGAAACAAUUCGCUGAAAUGUACGCAGAGAAAUUCAAGAUCGAUGUUGGGAAACUCAUGUCCAAACUGUGGGGAGAGAACUUCUUCAACCCGAAAACGAAGAAAUGGGCUAAGCAAAAGGACGCAGACAAUCAGAGAUCUUUCUGCAUGUACAUCUUGGAUCCUAUUUUCAAAAUAUUUGACGCGAUCAUGAAGUACAAAAAAGAGGACACUGAAAAACUUUUGGAAAAGCUGAAGAUAACCCUGAAAGGUGAAGAUAAGGACAAGGAUGGAAAGCAAUUGUUGAAGGUUGUGAUGAGGACCUGGUUGCCCGCUGGUGAUGCUCUCUUGCAAAUGAUAGCAAUUCAUUUGCCAUCCCCUGUUACUGCGCAACGUUACCGAAUGGAAAAUUUGUACGAAGGCCCGCUUGACGACGAAGCCGCAUUAGCUAUCAAGAACUGCGAUGCUGAAGGCCCUCUCAUGAUGUAUGUGUCGAAGAUGGUCCCCACGUCGGACAAAGGUCGAUUCUACGCCUUUGGUCGUGUAUUUUCUGGAAAAGUUUCCACCGGUUUGAAAUGUCGCAUCAUGGGCCCCAAUUACACUCCUGGCAAGAAGGAGGAUCUGUACGAGAAAUCUAUUCAACGCACCAUUCUCAUGAUGGGUAGAUUUGUUGAAGCCAUUACCGACGUCCCUGCCGGUAACAUUUGCGGACUGGUCGGUGUCGAUCAGUUCCUUGUCAAAACUGGUACAAUCUCAACAUUCAAGGACGCGCACAACUUGAAGGUGAUGAAAUUCAGCGUUUCACCAGUUGUGCGAGUUGCGGUCGAGGCCAAAAAUCCGGCGGACUUGCCAAAACUUGUCGAAGGAUUGAAGCGAUUGGCAAAAUCAGAUCCCAUGGUUCAGUGCAUCAUUGAAGAAUCCGGCGAACACAUCAUAGCUGGUGCCGGGGAACUUCAUUUGGAAAUUUGCUUGAAGGACUUGGAAGAAGAUCACGCGUGCAUCCCGAUCAAGAAAAGCGAUCCCGUUGUGUCCUACCGAGAGACUGUUAGCGAAGAAUCCGAUCAGAUGUGCUUGUCGAAGUCACCCAAUAAGCAUAACAGACUCUUCAUGAGGGCAGUACCAAUGCCUGACGGUCUCGCCGAAGAUAUUGACGAUGGAAAAGUAAGCUCCAAGGACGAGUUGAAAGCUCGCGCUCGUUAUCUGAGCGAGAAGUACGAGUAUGAUAUCACUGAGGCUCGAAAAAUCUGGUGCUUCGGUCCAGACGGCACUGGACCCAACAUACUCAUGGACUGCACGAAGGGAGUUCAGUAUUUGAACGAAAUCAAAGAUUCUGUCGUGGCUGGAUUCCAGUGGGCCUCGAAGGAGGGUGUGCUAGCCGAAGAAAAUUUGCGAGCCGUUCGUUUCAAUAUCUAUGACGUGACUCUUCACGCUGAUGCUAUUCACCGCGGUGGUGGCCAGAUCAUUCCUACCGCGCGACGCGUCUUGUAUGCGUGUGUGCUCACCGCAAAGCCGAGGCUGAUGGAACCCGUUUAUCUCUGCGAAAUUCAGUGCCCCGAGCAAGCCGUUGGUGGGAUUUACGGAGUAUUGAAUCGCAGAAGGGGCCACGUGUUUGAGGAAUCUCAAGUUGCCGGGACUCCCAUGUUCGUUGUGAAAGCGUACCUUCCCGUGAACGAAUCCUUCGGUUUCACCGCGGAUCUGCGAAGUAAUACUGGCGGUCAAGCAUUUCCGCAGUGCGUCUUCGACCAUUGGCAAGUCUUUCCGGGUGACCCACUGCAGCCGGGUUCGAAGAUCUACGAUGCCGUACAGGACAUUCGUAAGCGGAAGGGGAUGAAGGAAGGUUUGCCCGAUCUUGCUUCUUAUUUGGACAAGCUGUAAGAAUUCCCGACGUGCUGAACGUUUGUUGGUAAUCGUGCUCACGCACGAACAACAUUUGUUGAAAGCUGUGAAGUCCUCUCGCCGUUGUAAACUGGUUUCACGUCAAUUCGAUCGCUUGCUACUCUUUUCUUGCCUCAACUCGCGUGGGAGGCUGCAAGAUAUUUUUAAUGAACUAUCUUGAAUGAACGACUGGGUUCUCAUCAUUAAACUGGAUCCGAGAGGGAUCGAGGACUGGAA